UUCAAAGAAAAGAUGUACAACUGACAGCCUAGCUUGUCCUAUGUACCCACCCUUUCUCAUUUACUAAAUGUGAACUCUAAGACCAAGCUCACUUAUCCACCGACUCACUCCUUGCUCACCAUACUCAUACUACACUUCAAAUCCAAAGCCCGCCUAUUCUUUCCUUCUCUGUUACUUGCUUAAAUUGUGAAGCCUUUUCUAGCAUAUAAGUUUACUAUAGUUUUCAUUUGUCCAUCCACUGCGAGUGAACAAUGUCUACCACAACAAAAAAUGAUUCUGGGUGUUUCUCUUGCAUUUUACGCCGCCUUUUUUGCCAGGGUAGUCAACAGACAUACCCAUCUGAUCAGGUUGCGGAGCCAGAGGAAGCUGAGUUCAAUAAGCAGCCAAAGAAAGCGUCAAAACCUGAGGCCCAAAUUCUAACUCAAGGGGCUCCAGGAAUAGUGGCAAGACUAAUGGGUCUAGACUCCUUGCCAGAAGCUAGCUGGGAUCGGAAAGAAAAUGCCCUGGAUUCAGUUACUCGAAGUAAGUCAGUCAAUUUUAUGGAUUAUUUGUUGCAGUUGGAUUUAGCUCAAGCUCAUCAGCAUCGCAGAGUGAGAACAUCUGUGUCCUUUCGUGAAGUACCAACAUUGUUGCAUAAACAAAAUCCUGAGUUACAUGCUCUUUACUUGGAUGAAGUACAUGAAAAGAAGAAGAGGGAGUCAAAAGUGAGAAAAACUGAUGAAGAUUUUGGAGAGCUGAAACAGAAGAAAGAAGAGACAUGUGAGAACAAAAAAGAGAGAAUGGCUAUGAAGAAGAAGGAGAAACAAAGCAACAGCAAGAAAAUUUCCAAGUUCAUAGAUGAACCCAGGAGAGUUUCUGUCAAACGUAAUUGCAACAGUAAGACAUAUGGAGAAUCCGGUGCAUCUGUAAAGAAGAAAAACUCAGUGAAGCGGAUGAAUCAAAGUGAAGUAUUGGCUAAAUCAAAAGUCAGUAAGAGUAAAAAUCGGCAGUCAGUUGAGGCAGCUGAAUGUAGUUCAGAAAAUUCAAGUCCUAUCUCUGUUCUUGAUGUCAAUGAAUUUGCAAUCUAUGAUGACUAUUCAUUAUCAGAAGAUCCUAGGUGUGUGGAUUUGAAUUUUAAGAGGAGAUCUUCAUCAAAGACCAUGUACUCUGACUGCCUCUCUGCAAAUUCCAAGCUAAUUGAUGAUCUCAAGCUAAGAGUUGUCAAGAAAAAGGACUAUGAGUCGAUAAAUUAUCAGAUCACCGAAUAUUACAAGGAAAUGGUGGCCGGGCUUUGCCAUAUUACAGAAGAAUCUAUAAUGCAGUCGAAUUGGAUGCUCAAAUCUGAAGAAUUUGAAGAAAUUUGCAUGCAAAUUGGGCAGCACAUCCUUGAUUCUCUAUUACAACAAGUUGUAGAUGAACUUGUGGGAUUUAAUACAGCAAUUUUUGCUCUGUAAUGCUCCAAAAACUCUGCAAAAUUGUCCAUAAAGCAAUGUACAUACUCUGAUCCUGAUGUCAAGAUCUGGUGUGAACUGUGAAGGAGUUUUGCGGGCUUUGCUCAGCUAAGUAGCUGUAUUUGUGCAAAUGGAAUCUGAAAAAUGAUCAGUGUCACGUGUUCUCUCGGAUGACUUAUGGUAACAGAUCCGCUCUUUCUACAAAAAGCUGAAUUUAUUAAAAAAAGAGAAGCUUAUGAUCGUCAUAGAAUAAGUACUUCCCGCAGAAAGACUUUGGCCAGAGCAGCAGAGGGGAAGGGCCGGGAAUUCAACAUCAGGCUUUUAGUUUUUCACUUGUAUGUUUAACAAUCGCAGCUUUUUUAUUUUAAUAAUACGAGUCCGUGUAUUGUAUUCUAUCUUGUCCAAGUCGUUUGAAUAUUUAAUGAAGCUAUCACAUACAAUACAUGUAUAUUUUCUCCUA